UCUCCUUUGAAAGCAAACCUUACGCUGGUGCCAUUCACCUCGCUUCUUGAUUCUCUUCGGCACUCUUCCAGGCCACACCUCUGAACGAGAGUCGUCGUGAAUCAAGGGCUCCUUUGCGUUGUGGCCCGGAGCUCUUCAUCUCCCUUGCACGUCUGGAAUAGCCGCAUCAGCAGCAACCAUGAAGAUCACAGCAGCACUCACGCUGCUUGCCGUCAGCAUCUCGCUGUCGGAGGCCAGCCUCUCGUCCAGCAAGCAUGCUUCUCCCGCCCAAGGCCUGGACGCGGCACGCAGGCACCACGCCAAGCUCGCCGAGCGCGCCUCUAUGUCCGCCGUGAAAAAUGUGACGGACGUCGCAGGGAUGCUGCAGCUCUUCAAGCGCGGCGGCGAGUGCUCGGGCCAUGGGACGUGGUACAACACCGAGACGGGCAACGCAGGCGCCUGCGGCUCGAUGCUCAGCAACAACGCCUACACUGUCGCACUUGCCCAGCCUGCCUGGGGCAACCUCAACCAGAGGUUUUCUGGCUGCAACAGUGUAAUCACCAUCACGGCCAACGGCAAGUCGCACACAGCUAGGAUUGUCGAUGCCUGCCCGACUGGCGGCGGAAACUGCGGCAGUGCAUGCGACUUGGACAUGUCGCCGGCGCUUUUCGACUUUUUUGCUCCUCAGAGUGUCGGCAAGAUGCCCAUAUCCUGGACGUACGGCGGGGACGUCGUCAAAAACGUCGUGCACGCCAUUAGCGGCAACGACGGCAACCGGAAAGAAUCAACCUCAUCGAGCUCGUCCGACGACGCUGCCUCGCGCGCCAGCGCUGCUGCCUCGCGCGCCUCUGCGAGCGCCGCUGCCUCACGCUCGUCUCUCUUGGCGUCCAAGUCGCGCGCAUCUGCCAGUGCCGCUGCAUCGCGCUCGUCCGUCAGCGCCGCUGCGUCGCGCUUGUCCGUCUUGGCGUCCAAGUCACGUGCGUCGGUCGCCAAGUCCAAGUCAGAGAGCGAGGCGUCCGCGUCGCGCUCUGCCGCCGCGGCCGCGGAGAGCUAUCGCAAGGCAGACAAGAACAUCAUGUACCUCAACAACAUUCUCGACGCAUACGGUAAAAUGGCCCAGCAGGCGCACUAAGCAGUUUUUGCUCGACCGUCCCCACGACCCUUGUAGUGAUUGACUCGCAUCAGGGCGUGAGGACGUCAUUCUGCAUCAGCCUUCGCGCUCUCCCUAUUCGGCAAGGUCACCCGCGCCGGUCGUUGGUGGUCCGUCUCUUGG